GGGGGUAGGGCUCCGCUAUUGAGAGAGGAGCGGCACAGCGCAGCGAUGACGAUCGCAUUGAUGAAUGGAGGAGCCAAGCGAUCCUGCAGUCGCGAGGUCUCGGUCUACAGCCCCGUCCAGAGCUCCAGGCUCGACUACAAGCCGCCAAUGCCAUCGGUGCUCGAGGGGCAUUUCAAGGUCGAGCAUGGCUCGUCCACCUCCGCUGCUGGAGACGCUGGCGCCAUCGCUCAGCUGUUUCCAAAGCUUUUUGGGCAGCCAUCAGUGCACAUUGUCCCUUGUGCUGCCGCGGCCUUCAAGGAGGAGGUGAAAUUGAGAAUUGGGGUCGUUCUUUCUGGUGGUCAGGCUCCUGGUGGCCAUAAUGUGAUUGCUGGACUUUUCGAUUACCUGCAAAAGCAUGCACCGGGAAGCUUGUUGCUUGGCUUUCGUGGAGGACCUGCUGGGAUCAUGAGGUGCAAGUACGUCGAGAUUACCUCGGAGUUUUUGUAUCCGUAUCGGAACCAGGGAGGCUUCGAUAUCAUCUGCAGCGGUCGAGACAAGAUUGAGACACCUGAGCAGUUCAAGCAAGCGGAAGACACGGCUGUGAAGCUCGACUUGGACGGCAUUGUAGUUAUUGGUGGGGACGACUCCAACACGAAUGCCUGCCUUCUUGCGGAGUAUUUCAGAGCAAGGAACCUGAAAACUCAUGUUAUCGGAUGCCCAAAGACUAUUGAUGGUGAUCUUAAGAGCAAGGAAGUGCCGAUUAGUUUCGGAUUCGACACAGCCUGCAAGAUAUAUGCAGAAAUGAUUGGGAACAUCAUGGUCGACGCACGUUCUACGGGAAAAUACUACCACUUUGUCCGCCUUAUGGGACGUGCAGCCUCACACAUAACUUUAGAGUGUGCUCUGCAGACGCACCCAAAUGUCGCUCUUAUCGGUGAAGAGGUAUCCGUGAAGAAGCAGACUUUGCGGCAAGUGACGAACUCUAUCACUGAUACAAUAUGUAAGAGGGCUGAGAAUGGUCAGCACUAUGGCGUGAUACUUAUCCCUGAGGGGCUGAUUGAUUUUAUUCCAGAGAUUCAGCACUUGAUCUCGGAGUUGAACGAGAUUUUGGCCAGCGGUACAGUGGAUGAAGAGGGACAUUGGAGGCACAAAUUGUCCCCCCAGUGUCAUGCUCUGUUCGACUCAUUGCCACAUAGCAUCCAAGAGGAACUGCUCUUGGAGCGUGAUCCCCAUGGGAACGUUCAGGUUGCCAAAAUCGAAACCGAGAAAAUGUUGAUUUCCAUGGUGGAAACUGAGUUAUUGCGGAGAAAACAAGAAGGAUCAUACACUGGAAGCUUCAAGGGGCAGUCUCACUUCCUCGGAUAUGAAGGCCGGUGUGGUCUACCGACAAAUUUUGAUUCAACUUACUGCUAUGCGUUGGGCUAUGCCGCAGGAGCGCUCCUUCAUGCUGGACAGACAGGAUUGAUUGCCUCGGUGGGAAAUUUGUCAGCCUCUUCAAAAGACUGGACUGUGGGAGGGACGGCAUUGACAUCAUUGAUGGAUGUUGAGAGACGGAGAGGCAAGAACAAGCCUGUGAUAAAGAAAGCCAUGGUGGAACUUGAUGGUGCGCCUUUCAAGAAAUUUGCCUCCGUGCGAGAUAAAUGGGCUGUGGAAGAUGAUUAUCGUAGUCCAGGUCCGAUCCAAUUCUCUGGUCCAACCGCGGAAGAGACUAACUACACGCUGAAGCUGGAGCUGGGCGUAAGCUGCUAAAAAAAUCAUAUAUUUUUUUCACUGACUUGGUAAAUAACAAUGUGCUGUGAUAUUGAAAAUAAUUCUGAGGCCAUUCUAUUCCA